UGCGCCACCACCGCAGCCCGAGCAGCAGCCCAGAGCCGCCGCGGGGACGCCCGGGACGCCCGGCUGCGCGGUGCGGGGACGGCACGGUGCGCGGGCCCGCGGGGACGGUGGGGACGGCAGCGGGCUGGCAGGAUGGUGUGCGCUCGGGCAGCGCUGGGCCCCAGCGUGCUCUGGACGGCGGCAUGGGGCCUCCUCCUGCUUACAGCCCCGGCGUGGACGCAGCGCGGCCGGAAGAAGGUCGUUCACGUCCUCGAGGGCGAGUCGGGGUCGGUGGUGGUGCAGACAGCGCCUGGGCAGGUGGUAAGCCACCGGGGUGGCACCAUCGUCCUGCCCUGUCGCUACCACUACGAGGCCGCCACGGAUGACCACGACGGCGUGCGCCUCAAGUGGACCAAGGUGGUGGACCCGCUGGCCUUCACCGACGUCUUCGUGGCCCUGGGCCCGCAGCACAGGGCAUUUGGCAGCUACCGCGGGCGGGCGGAGCUGCAGAAUGAUGGGCCUGGGGAUGCGUCCCUGGUACUGCGCAAUGUCACCCUGCAGGACUACGGGCGCUACGAGUGCGAGGUCACCAACGAGCUGGAAGAUGACGCAGGCAUGGUCAAGCUGGACCUGGAAGGCGUGGUCUUCCCCUACCACCCCCGUGGAGGCCGCUACAAGCUGACCUUCGCCGAGGCGCAGCACGCAUGCGCCGAGCAAGAUGGCAUCCUGGCGUCCGCCGAGCAGCUGCACGCGGCCUGGCGCGACGGCCUGGACUGGUGCAACGCGGGCUGGCUGCGUGACGGCUCCGUGCAGUACCCGGUGAGCCAGCCCCGAGAGCCCUGCGGAGGCCUGGGCGGGGGCAGCCCGGGAGCCGGGGGCGGCGCUAACGGAGGCGUUCGGAACUACGGAUAUCGCCACAACGCAGAGGAGCGAUACGAUGCCUUCUGCUUCACGUCCAACCUCCCGGGCCGCGUGUUCUUCCUGAAGCCCCUGCGGCCCGUGCCCUUCGCAGGGGCGGCGCGCGCAUGCGCGGCGCGAGGCGCGGCGGUGGCCAAGGUCGGACAGCUGUUCGCCGCGUGGAAGCUGCAGCUGCUGGACCGCUGCACAGCGGGGUGGCUGGCGGACGGCAGCGCGCGCUACCCCAUCGUGAACCCGCGCACGCGCUGUGGGGGCCUCCGGCCCGGCGUGCGCAGCCUCGGCUUCCCCGACGCCUCCCGACGCCUCUUCGGGGUCUACUGCUACCGCGCGCCCGGCACACCCGACCCCGCGCCCGGUGGCUGGGGUUGGGGCUGGGCCGGCGGCGGUGGCUGGGCGGGAGGCGCGCGCGACCCUGCGGCCUGGACCCCGCUGCGCGUCUAGGAUCCAGGCGUAUGGCCAGCUGGGAGAGGGUCCUGCGGUCCCCAGGAGAUGGACCACGCCCCUCUGGGGUCCUCGGACACUGGACAUGCCCCUGGCUGUGCCCUGCAAGCUGACCAGUCCUCAAGUGGUCCCUGUACUGUACGGCUCACGCCCAUUGAAGGCUCCUAGAGACUGGCCACACCCCUGAGGCCACCUAGAAGUCUCACGCCCCUUGAGGUUUCCCGGAGGC